ACAUACAUAUUAUCCGAUUAAAAAAUAAAUAGCAAAAGCAAAACAAAGGAAUACAGUUUGCAAAUAAGUGUAAAAUUGAUUAAUUGAUAAGUAAUAUAAUUUUAUUCAUUAUUAGACAAUUACACAAAGCAGCUUGAUGAUCGUACGUCAAAGAAAAUGGUGGCUGAUAAUUGAAUGGAGGCGAGGAUAACGAACAAUGCCCGUCUAGAAGGAGGUAGAAGAGCUAGACCAGCUAGGCGAAACAAGCAACAUGGCAAAUGACAAAAUUUAAACAAAAAAUAUUUCUACGCAUUAUUACAAAGCAAAGCCGACGGCAAACAAACAAUGUUGUUUCGUACCAAUACGAGGAUAUGGGAGGAGGUUCACAAAUAUACGCAGAGAAAGGUAAAGACACAACACACAUCCACACACAUCGUAUGGCAUUAUCCGAAAGGGCACACACUCACACACAAACACAAACACAGUACACAUACCGAUCGAUCGGUUAUGAUCGUUUAUGCAAAGUCAGCUACCAGUUAUCACACAAGGCGUAAAGUAAAGCAAAUGUAUGGCAUCGUUAUCGAUUAUUCCCAGUGUUUAUGUACUUUGAACGGUUUAACUACCAACAGCUGCACGUGAUAUAUACACGCACAUGCAGAUACGAAAGAGUGUGUAACUACCCUCCCCCUUCAGCAUCAUUUACGAUCAUUUUCAACCCCACGCGAAUUUUGCAUCCAAUGCAAAAUCGUUUGCCUUCCGAAUCCAAAAUCCCCACAAAAAAAAAUCCCAUUCUUUUCUAUCACGCCUGAUAUUUCAGGCGCAUUGUUGAGGCAAAAGCGACACUACACUUAACUUAUCACUCACAAUUCAAGAAAUUUGAAGCAAUAUUACGCUUUCUACUGGCAAACCGUUGCCACUAUUCGAUACUCUCAUCUUCCUGCACAUUUCCCCAAUCGAAAACAUUAUUUCUAUCUGAUAAGACAAGGGAAAAGGGCAAAAACAAAAUGUAACAAACAUUAAAUUAUCGAUAAGAAAGAAAAACUAUCCUCCAAGCAAAUAUGCAAUAACAUUUAAACACACUAACAACAGCAGAGGUAAACACAAUGUUUCAAUAAUGCGAGCAAAGUAUGCGAAACUGAAAAAAAAAAACAAAAUACAUUACUCAAAACUCUACUGUGUUACGCGAUCUGAUGAGAAAGAGAGCGAGAGAGGGAGAGAGAGAGAGAGAGAGAGAGAGAGAGAGAGAGAGAGAGAGAGAGAGAGAAGAAAAACCUGUUUUGUCUACUACCAAUUUUACUGCUCUUAAGAAGGCGAAAAAGCAAACGUUAAAAUAAAAGUUUUUAAAAUCUGUUCUCCUAUUCUAAACAAUGAUUUCUUUUCAACUUUCAUGCUUUUUUCCUUUAUGUCAUGUUUCUGCUAACCAUCACAUGCUUCAAUUAUGUUUUUGUUUAUCUUUUCCGUUUCUACACUCCAAUACACUCGUUUACAGCAUUUUUAUCCAAUUAUAGCUUUAUAUGUUUUUGAUGUUUUAGUUUGCUCUUUGUGUCUCCCUUUCGCCUAUUUUUCUUUAAAUGCCCUUUCACCAUUUUGCAACCUUUUUAGCAUCGUUGUGCUUCAGAACUGAAUGGACAAAAUAAAAGAUCACACAUUUUCUAGUUAGCUCAAAACUAAACAACUCGCUAAGGAACUGUUCAGGCGAUCACUGCGACACUUGGUCUUUUACGAUAGCAAACAGCGCACUAAACAUCAUUGCAAAGUUAUUAUUAAAUUGUAGUAAAAAGAAAAAAAAACAAAUCCUUGUCUGUUAUAACAACACCAUCGGUAACAUGCAAAAGAAAACAUGAAGCAAACAAGAAAGAAAAGCCGUAAUAGCUAGCUAAGCCAUGAAAGAAAGAACGAAAGAUGAAAGUCACUUCAAUUGCGGGCGUGUGGGCGGGAAAAAACCAUCGCCGCGUUGCGCAACAACUUGUAAACAAAUUAUGUAAGCAAAAAAACACUUAAGAAAGGAAACAAAUUAUCUUGUGCAGUGUGUACUUUUUAGGUGUAGCAUUUCUUUCAAAUAUUUUCUUAUUGAUAAAAAGGGUGAACCAAGGCGGAGAAAACAAAUAAGACAAGUAUAAUAUUAAUUAACAUUUGCUUCACAUCUGUUAAAGAAUUCGAGCGGCAGGGUGUAAACGGUGGUGGCGACUGGUAGUAAUACUGAUAAAUGAUGUUGCGAAACACAACCCUGCUCCUACUCCGUUUGCCGAGAUGAACAAAGAUAACAAAACAAAGGGACAACGUUAGGAGACGAUCUUUACACAAUGGGCAAAAAGCGCUUGCAUAGUCGCGACAGCAAAACAAAAUUCAACAAAGCAAACAAAAAAGAAAAGAAAACCAAAAUAAAAAAAAUAACAAAACAAAACUAUGAUUAAAUCAACAUUUAAGCAAAUUUAUUAAACGAUAUUUAAGCGAUUGAUUGACUACAAAAUAAAAUCCCGCAAUUGAAUCCAAUGCAGAUGCAGCUAUAACAAACGGGAAGGGUUGCGAGCGGAACAGCGAUAGUGGCAGGCAGAGAAAAUCUCGCAAACAUAAAAACAUGGGCGUGAACCAACAAAAACACACACAGAGGAAUCUUUCGAACUUUAUAAAGUUUAGCUAAGCUACAUUACUCUCUCACACGUAACACAGAUAUUGAUACAUACGCGAGGAAAAACACUCUACCACACAUUCACGAAAAGGGGAAGAGGAAGCUAUUGCGCCCGCGAUUGAAAAGAAACACAGAAAAACAAUGGGCGCAAACAUUGGGGGCAACAUGAAACAACUAACAAACUAAGGGAAAGUUGUUAAGAUAUUCACAAAAAAAAACAAAAACAAAAAAUGAAACAUACAAACAAAAGCAAACCACAAAUCAUCUCUAGCUGUGUUUUCAUCAAUUAAAAAGAAAAGCGAAACAAAAUAAAGAAACACAACCAAGAUGCGAGUCGUACCGUGCGUUUUUGUACCCUGUUUGGUUCGAUGCUUCCGUUAGUUUGCUGCGGCGUUGUCACAUACAUGUCCCGAGAUGCUUGUGUUGAUCUUUCUUCCAUUCUCGCCAGCAGCACCGGAAUUCUGAUUGAAAAACAUUGACUUUUAUCAGAAUGUACGCUAGUAGCUAAGUGUAUCGUUUUCCUUCACCGAAGAGGUUACUAUGUUGAUUUUGUUGUUGACGGUGGUUUUUUCUGUGAUUGGUCCUACGGUUUGACAAAGCGAGGACAUGAUUCGCCAGUACUGCCACACGAUGCGGAACACCGACCACGAUGUGAUGCUGCACUGCAGGAACGACGCACGGUGUGCCAUCUGGUGGUGGUAAACCGAACGAUCAAGCAGAACCUGAGCUGUCUAUAAAAACCCUGCCUUUGCUGGGGUGGCGUGUGCUCGAAGAAACACACAAAAAAACAUCCUGAAAACACUAAACGCGCCCCCCCUCAUACGCACCCGCAAAGCAGAAGGAAAAAUGUAACGGCAAGGGAAAGGUCAUCGAAAGACCAUGGUGAUAUACAAAGUGUCCCCGAUGGAUACCAAAAAUAGGGAAAAAACAAAAGAAAAACAUAAUAAAACUUAAACUAAUCAACAAAACUAAACUAACUAUUGCAAAAUUUGCUAAACCCACUGCAAGCUAAAACAAAUCUAACAUUGUAACAAAACACACACUAAAGACUUCAGUUUACGCGUGCUUAAUUCUAUCUCUCUACAUCUCUACCCAAAAAAAAACAAGAAA